CAUCUUUUUCCCCGCAACCGGAGGCUUAAUUAAUGAACCCCGGACGUACCCCAGGGCAGACAAAACUCCGAGGCUCGACGCUCGUCACGAAGAUCAAGGGGGGAUGUUGCUUAUCAAUUCUCUUUCCUAUAAAAGAUCUCUUCAUCCUUCGAUAUUCGAGUCAAACAGUUCUGCUUUGAUCUCAUUGUAAAAGUUAUAGGAUUAUACCAUCACACCACACGACCCCUUAUACGUCAUCCCUUCUACCCUUGUACUAUCCACUUCCCUUUUCACAACCACAAAUACAAACACAAUGGCUGAAGCUCAGUUGGAAGAUUUCCCUUCGCUUUUCUCCCUGAAGGGCAAGGUCGCCGUUAUCACCGGCGGCUCUCGCGGUCUUGGUCUACACGCAGCUUCAGCAUUCCUCCAAGCAGGCGCAUCAAAGGUCUUCAUCUCAUCUCGUAAGGCCGCUGCCUGUGAAGAAGCAUGCAAAGCUCUCAAUGCUCUCCCCAACCUUGCUCCCGGUGCUGUUGCCAUCUCAGUUCCCGCGGACUCAUCCAAGUUCGAGGGUGUAGAGAGUCUUCUCGCGCAGGUCAAGAAGCACACCGACCGCGUCGAUAUUCUCCUCGCCAAUGCUGGAGCUACAUGGGGCGAGCAAUUUGACACGCAUCCUGACUCUGCCUUUGCCAAGGUCAUGGACCUCAACGUCAAGGCUGUUUUCAACACAAUCCGUCUCUUUACGCCACUCCUCGAGAAGAGCGCUUCUCUUCAGGAUCCUAGCCGUGUGAUUAUCACUGCCAGUGUUGCAGGACUUGGUGUCGGCACAAUUGGAAAGCAGGGCACAUAUGGUUACUCCGCUAGCAAGGCUGCUGUGCUACAUCUGGGACGCAACAUUGCCAUGGAGCUGGGACCUAGGCACAUCACCGUCAACUCCAUCUGCCCUGGCUUCUUCCCUAGCAAGAUGUCCAAUGGUCUGCUGGAGAUGUCUGGUGGUGCUGAGGAGAUCGCAAACAGCAACCCCAUGCGCCGACUGGGCAAGCCUGAGGAUAUUGCUGGUGUGGUUGUUUACCUAGCUAGUCGGGCAGGAUCUCAUGUUAAUGGUGAGACAAUUGCUAUUGAUGGUGGUGCCCUGUGGCAGCGAGGCGAGCUCAUGGUUGACUCCAAGUCGAAGCUGUAGGGGCGAUGGAUACGAAAUGUAUGAUAAAGAACAACCCUUCAUUUAUGGGGAUAUAAAUAGAAGGCAAAUACCUCUUGAUGACUAUUUAUAUAUUUUAUCUGCGUCAGCCUUGAUGAUAUUGGCGACCAUCAUGAACUCCCCUACUCCAAUGGCUUUCGAGCCAUCCAAGUACUUGCUCUAUACGUUGACUGCAAAAGACUAUCAGGAUCAUGAAUAUACGGCGCAUGGACACCAGUCUUGUGCCACUCAACAACAAAUCCCAUCUUCUCCAACAGUGCAAUGACUUCGUCGUCGGCCAGCUCAAAACUUCCUGGAUCAGCGAUGCCUGAUGAACUCUUUGGGUCAUGCUCUGCUUCACCAUCCUGUCCAUGAGUACCAGGCGCGUUGUUCUCAAAAUGCCACAAUAACGGCCCCACGUUGAUGAGAACACCUCCAGGCCGAAGACAGUGCCGUAUGACCUCCAGGUACCGAAUCAGAUUGGGUGCUGUGUCGAGGAAGAAGACACUUGCCACAGCAUCGUAUUGUGCUUCAUGAUCUUCAUUAGAAUAGAGGCAGAGAAAGUCGGCGGCGCACAUGGACAUUUCUCCAGCAUUAGGUGUGGCAGCUAGAACGGAGGCUGGAUGGAUGUCCGGAACGCGAUAGCUUCUGAGGUGGUUCGCUCGGGUGAGGUGAUUGGAGAAACUAUGGACCCAGGGGUACACAGUAUGCUGUUCAGCCGCAGGACAAUAGUUUAGAAUGUAUGAUGAGGCGAGGAGUUGGUGAUAGGAAAUCUCGUUGCCUUCAGCAGUAUAUCCAUUCGCAACCAGAUCAAAUACCAAUCUUCCUAGGCCUGCACCUGGCACCAAUACGUUUAGAGGAGCUCUAUCCGGAUAUCUCUCCUUUUCUGCCGCAAGAGCUUUCAUGACGGGACCAUAGCUAGCUUCUCUCUCCGCAGCUCCCGCCUCGGUCCAAUCUCUGUAGAACUGACGAAUAGUACUCCUCGCUUUGUCAACAUCGGAGUGCUUGGCGACUCCGGCCCAUUCUUGAGGCAUCUUGGGUUCAGGGUCUUCGGGAUCUGUCGUCAUCAUUCGAAAUGACUGUAGGCCAACACGAGCAAUGGUACGAGCCAGCUCAGCAUUCUCAUCAAUUGCAUCAUCAGUCUUCUCCAGAGUGUCUAGGAAGUUGAACGGAGGUGCAGCCAAGAGUUUCCAUUGUUCUUGAGGAAGAGCAUAGAAGGCUUGACGACGAAGGUGUGUGACGUUGAAGUGAGAUACUUUUGCGUAUUGGCUAUUGAGCGUUCAGUAUGAGAAACAGUACCCUUGAAUCAGAUUGUAUAUAGGGUUGAGCAGAUGCUGGA